UGAAAUGCCGAGAAUAAAUACGUGAAACGCGGGAAUUUUUCAAAGAGACCAACAGUCGCCAACUCUUUGUCGUGUUUUCAUUCCUUUUCUUUCUUCGUAACAAUGAUUCAAUUAUGCGACAAGCAUUCUGUCUAAAGGUACUUGUGAAGUCAUCGAGCAGAAGGCUGCUACUCGUUGCUGAAGAAGAAACCCCUGUACAAGCUCUUCUUUUUUUCCCUUUAUUCUUCCUUUGUAUCUUAUCAUUUUUUGUUGUUUUGUCAAACGUUUGUUCAUCUCUAACUUGGUUUUCAUUGUUCUCUGUUAAAAAUAUUUCUCUGAAAUUUCUUUCGAAAUGUUGCUUUAUUUAUUUAUUUAUUUUUUUUAAAUUGUCUAUACUAAUGUAUUUUCGUUUUUAAUUUUAUCGUAUGAUUUCUUUUCUCACUUGACUCUUCAUAAAACCACAUCCCUUUACCUUUUAUCGUUCCUUAUCGUUCUUAUUUCGUUUCAUCUUGUACAACUUUCUCUUUCCAAAUUUCUCUCAAGCUUUCCCUCUCUCUUCUAACAUAGUUGUCUCUUUCCUUUCCCUCUCUAUGUUUUGCUUCUUCUAAUUCCGCUAGCAACUUACGCCCCUCUGUUUUCCAUCUCUUUCUUUCCACUUGGAUCUACCAUUUUCCUUCUCGUUUCAUUUCUCCGCCUUCUCGGUAGAGCUUUCUCCCUACCACUCGUUUCGUUCUCUUCUCCUCCGUACACUUUCUCCUCCGGUCGAGCUUUCUCCCCUCAACUUUCUUCCUUUCUCACUUGCUCCACCGAUCUUUCAGUUAGUCUCCUCUUUCCAAUAACACUAAUGCUCCCUCUAUCCUGAGCUUUCGAAUCCUCUACCCCUGAUACUCCCUACUCUCGGUAGAUCCAGCUGAUUCUGUCUCUCUCGAGUUCACGUUGGUUGUCUCUCCUUAACUCCCUCUUUCUAUGUUCAUUACCCCUCCUCCUUUAUCCCUCUCGUACACUAUUAGACUUUCCGACUAGUUCCUUCUCUCGCAACCCCUUUCCAUCGUUGUUCUCGUACACUGCCAGAUUUUCCAAGUACUUCCGUCUCUUUUCAAUUCACCUUUCACCGUGCUCCAUCAUUUUCGCACCCCACCUUCGUCGAGCUUUCUCCCUUCCAUCAGCAUCUUUUCUCUCGCACUAUCCAGCUCGUUGGCAGCCGCCAGUGGCCACCGUCGUCUCUCACGGAUUUUCUUUCUCGUUUUAUCCCUAUCGAGUGCAGUCGGUCGGUCUUCGUCUGGUCGGUGGUCGCGCUGUCUGUCGCCGACACCGUGCAGCGCGAGUCAGUCCGGUUGCCUACCUCGGGCGCUGUUGACAGCCACCCCUGUGCGCGACGGACUUCUAUUUCCCCCGAUGCCAGCCGCCUUUUCCUUUCUUCCACUCUAGUGGACAAGAAACAAGAAACACCUUUCACAUCAAGGUGAAACUCGAAGGAACUCGGUGUCAGUUGAUCUAGCAAGGGAGGAGAUUAUUAAGUGAGAAUCCGCGAGAGUAACAUCGUCGUGGCUUGAUCAACGCGUACGUGUUCGUGUACCCUUUAGUGCCCGUUUGUUCGCUAUGCGAUACAGCUGUUGGCUCGGCGAACAGUCUGCCAACAGUAACAGAAUUAACAGCAGCAUCUCGACGAACGUUAGCCGAAGAUCAAAGAAGAUGAGGACGACGCGGACGACGAACCGUGUUAGAUCAUGGCGGUGAAGGGGCACGGGGCUAUAAGGAGCAGCCGAAGCAGAGGCAAACGGCGAAAGCCAGUGCUACUGGCAUGAGCGACGAGGAUAAUAGUCUCGACGAGGCUCGCGGUCGCGGCGAUGAUUAUAGACGUGACGCGGCUAUCACCUUCCUCUUCGUCUCGCCGAUAGCAUCGGACACGUCCGAACUUCUUGAUUCUAAUCGUGAUAUUUGUGAGCUGCGACUAACGAUGUGCGUGUCGAAUUAACGGUGAACCGUGACAACAGACCAAAAGGCUAGCGCAAAGGAAUCAUCCUCGUGAUCGUGAUCGCGAUCGUAAGGAAGAAAGAAGUUGAACAGCAAUCAGAGGGGAAGAGCAUUAUCCACGAAGCUGAAGGAACAUGCCGCUGUCAGGGCGCAUAAUGUGGCUCGCGUGACACACGCCGUUUCUCCGAGUACAUAGACAUCCUUGCCCGUUGGCUGUUCCCCUCUCUCUAAGUCUACAACUCGCUCUCGCUUCCAUUCUACCCGGGGUAUAAUCCUUAACGACGAGGACACGCGUACCAGGGAGGCACGAUAGUAUGACGGUGAUGCUGCUGGAACGUUCAGUCACCCCGCAGUCGACGUACAGCCAAAAGACAGCGAACAAGGACUGCAGCGCGAAGCCACCCUUCUUAUUCCUGCUGGACGACCGUCAGGAGCAUCGAAACUCCACGGACACCACUAUCACCAUUACUACAACUAACCACAAUAACAACAUCAAUAACAACAACAACAACAAUAACAACAAUAACAGUAACAAUAACAACAACAAUAACAACAAUAACAACGUUCUCAAAGGGGAUAAUCGAAGAGACAGUAAUCGCUCGUACGUGGCUGACGAGGGGGCGGCGUCGGUGACGUCGCAAAGACGCGCCGACUGUGGCCAGGACGUCGCGAUGCGAUAUUACCGGCUCUGGAUUUACACCUGUAACUUGGUGCUGCUCGGUAGCGCGCUCGGCUUCGCCGCCGCGGUCUCGCGGACUCUUUUGUUCACCAGUGAUCCGCGUCGUUACCUGGUGCCCGGGGUACCGAGGGCAUUCGACCCGACAGCGCUUUACGCUUAUCUCGCCCUAGCGACGCAAUUGGGCCUGGUACAGUUGCUGGGUUGCAUAGCUGCCAGAAGAUUGAGUGCCAGGCUGUUAAACGCUUAUUGGGUCCUGCUAUUGGCGCUUCUCUUUGGCGACGCUGUCAUUGGUGUCGCCUGGGUCUUCCGGUUCGAGAGGAUGCGCGCCGAGCUGAAACCCACCCUCCGACAACGACUCCAGAUGGAGUACGGGAAGGACUUGCGAUUCAGCGAACAAUGGGAUCGUUUACAAAAGGAGUUCUCCUGUUGUGGAGUGAUCGGACCCAGAGAUUUUGGGACUCGUUGGCCGCAGACUUGUUGCGGGCCGAGCGCGAAUGUCAGCGAUACAUGCCAGCAACCGUACGCCAGAGGCUGCGAAGAUUCUUUAAUCAGAUGGCUAAGGAAAACGGCGGACUUGUUGUUCGUAUUGGGUUUUUGCGUCAUAGCAUUCGCCAAACUGUGUUUCUUAGGGAUACUACGCUACGAGAUACGCGAAAUGAUACAAAAGAUACGGCUGCUUCGUGAACCACCACCUCCGGCUACCACGUUGACACAGCCACCCUUCUCGCAGGUGAUGCCGGAAGCCACGAACAAUGGAAACAUCGUUCGCCGCACCACCCUGCCAAAUGCUGUCACUCCUUCCGGAAACGCAUCGUUACUGAUCCAAACGGACGAAUGCAACACCGGGAGGCAUCCCCUAUUGGCGAACAAUCUACAGGACGGUGGUGCGGACAGCGACACGAACAGCCAUUGCGCGUUGAUUCUCGAGGAAACGACCCCAACCUCGGCGAACCACAACUGUGGUACUCGCGAGAAAAGCAACUGUAACAAUAACUACGAGAUGCGCGAAUUCAACAGAAGAUUGUGGCUGUCGAACGGCGGCAGUCCAGGCACGGGUAUAACAGCUGGUGGUCAAAGCAGGCGUACCUGACUAUGGAAGUGGUGGCGAAACACGUCGAACCGUUUCCUUUACAGGAGCAAUCGGUCCACCGAGAUCACCGUCUAUAAGAUAGGUGCGCAGUCCGGAGCUAAGGUUUCUAAAGAUUCUACUGACCUCACGAACGCAGCAGCCCACAAUAAGCGAAUAACGUUCAAAGUUCUACGUGUCGCCAGGAAAGUGUAUCGUUGAGCUAUUUCAUAUUCAGUUGAGAUUUCUGUAGAAUUUUGAAUUAAAAAAUUCUUGAAAUGUGCGAUACCUUUGAGAAACUUAAUCCUUUGCCCCUUACCCAUCUAUUAUUCUAAUUUAACCUUCUAAUAAUUCUAUGCUCUAUAUCAUUUUUCCUAAAGAUUUCCAAACUUUGCUAAUGAUACUUGACCUUAACGAUACACUCUUCUCGCGUCAUCGUAUUCUGCAAAUGCAGUUUUGCACAACCGUACGACCACCGGAUGUGCUGAUAGACAGAGAGUAAAUUUACUUUUGCGUGACGACACACGAAGGCCAGCGAAGCGAGAAUCGACACGUGGUGAAUUAUGUACAAGGAACGACGAACAACAAAAAGAAAAAAAAAAGUGGAUGCGAAGCUGAAGAAGAUUCGAACGCCUUCGAUUCACUUUCUACGCGUAUUCCUUAUAUGUCUUUCCGUCCUCGCACGGUCGGUGAAAUCAAUUACUUUUGUAGAUUUAUUUCUAGCAGUAAGUUUUCCUAAACCAUCCUCUUUCACCUACAACCAUUCUCUUUUUGAGCCCGGAUAAAUAAACAGCGAAAAGAACCCGCCGCGUAUUGAUUUUUAUGCGAAUCACGCUAGUAGUAUGUUACAAUGUGAAGGUUUAACGAUAAAAAACAGCGGUGUUCCACUUUUCUGUUCGCAACGACAAUACACAGUUGGAUUGUUUCAAAGUCAAAGCUUUUCAUUCUAAGAAUUUCAGUGGUUUGAUAGCGACUCCGCCAUUUUGGGGUGGACACGCGUUGGGCAUGGUGUGUUGUACCCAAGGAAAUAUAGAGACUGUCAAAAAUAAAUUCUACGUGAGAAAAGAAAUCGAAACGUUUUCUUCCAUUUUGCUAUCCGAGGCUUCGUUCCCGAGAUACAAGCGAUUGGAAAUUCAAUGGUCGACUUCCGGGGUGCUUUAAAGUUCAAACCGCGCACCUCGGAACUCGGAUGUUUCAUUUUCAAUCGCUUAUAUCUCGUGAACGAAGCAUCAGAUACCAGAAUGGUAAAGGACUUUUCGAUUUCGUUUUUUUUUUAUGUCAACUUGUGUAUCAAAAGUGAAAGGUUUAUCGUCACGCGAACAAAUUAUUUUUUUCUUCGGUUUUUGCUGCUUUUAUCCUGUCAGAAAUAUAUCAACACGUAUCGAUACGAUAAUUACGGGAGAAUAUUGUGGGAUACUACUGCCAAACUGAUUCUCCCAACGGAGCUCGACUUAAUAAAAAAAAUAAAAAUAAAUAAAUAAAUAAAAUCUGUCCUUUCGACCAGUUGUAUCACUUAUAAGGGAGCUAAUAAUUUCGAAACGAAACGCGUUUGUGGAACACAAUGUCACACUGCAUAAGAGUUAACGGACUAUAAAAAUUCCUAGUUCUUUUUAUAUAAAUGAUACACGAAGCGCGAGUAGUCUGCAUAUUGAUUUGCGCGUUUAUUCGCGCGAAUCUAAAAUACGAUAUACUCAAGAGUAAUUGGCUUCCUAGGUAGGAUUAAUCGAAUCUUAGGGUAACACGUUUACGAAUGCAAAUGAUAAUGGAAUAUACGUAUUUAGUAGACUGUAUAUAGCGGUGUAUGGUAGAAAAUAUUUAAGUGUCGAUGAUCUGUUUAAGAAAAAACUAAAUGCAUUGUUACUACAUUGCUUUUGAAAGAACGAGAACAAGUUCAUCGUUACCAUUCAACUUGUACACUUUAUUUUCUCGUGAUUAUAUCGGUCAGGACAACAGGGUAUCAUUAGCAUUGUACGUUAAUUAACAAUCUAAUAUUAUCUUUAUAUUUUUAUCUUUCACCGUGUAUGAUUUUUAAUCAUGGAGAAAUUAUAUUUCAAAGUAGCCGAGGGUUCUUUCUUAAUCAGGCCAUCGAAUUAUUGUUGAAUGUACUAAGCUAAAUAAUAAUAUGAAAGCUUACACCUCGCAGACAUACAGCCUCUGCCACUAAAUGUAUAUAUUAUAAGGGAUACUAUGUACGUAAAACGACAGACAGCGUAAUUGAUUUUUAACUGAUCAUUUAGAUGGCAACUAUGUUCUGGUAAACCGCCCAAAACAAAAAUGAAAACCUACUACACGCUAUCUUUAAAUUAGACUAUAAGCUUUAACUUUCGACUAAACGAAAUGAAAUAUGUAUAAUGUUUUCCUAUUUUGUUUUUCACGUUUCAUUUAAUCGGAAAGAUUUGUAUCUCUAUGUUUUAUUCGGAUACACCUUGAUAACGAUAAGAUCUCUAAACGAGAAAGGCUUUAAAAAAAAAAGGGUUCAAAUGUGUAGCAAAUUUGUAACUGAUUGAUAUUUAAAUGUAACACAUGUAUAUCGAGACGAAUGAAAGAGAGGGAGCUUUGAAUAGUGCCUGCUUAAGAAACCCAAUUUACCGUAUCUGUAAAUGGUUAGAAUAAUGGUACGUACGUUAUUUCGUACACGGUACAUUCACUAGGACUACCGUAGCCAAGUAUGGGAAAAAGUGUAAUUGUAAAGUAAAGUACGUUUUGUUAUUCUCAUAUUAUCGUGCACAAGAAAAACCGCUUAUUUCACUAUUUUUCUUUUCUUAAGAGAAUCUAGAAAUUAUAAACAAGCUGGAAUUUUAACACGCAUCAUUCAUUUAAACGUUUUACAAUCCGAAUAAAAAUGAUUUUUUAACUUG